GUCUGACAGAAAUGAGUGCUAUAAAUUUCUUUCUUUCUAUUUCAUACAAACGUGAAUAAUGGCCACACCUGAAGCUACCCCAGCAGCACCUAGAUACUUUUCUCCUCUUUCAGGUCCCUUCGGUCUCAACAAAAACCAAAAGCCUUCGGGAUCUCCUUGGAACCCUCUCCAAUGGCCUGCUUGGUUCACUUACCAAAAGGGACUUCUCAACUUGCCUAGCCCUGGAAAGUUCGAAAGACUUCACGGUGAAGUUACCAAAGAAACUUUCACUGCCAACUAUCUUUUCGAUGGUGCUCAAGCUAACAUUGUUAAAGAACUCUCCGCCAACUUCCACGUCCAACAUCAGUUCUCUUUGGGUUCUCAAGUUAUGCCUCCCAUGUAUAACUUCAUGUCUGGCUAUAUGACUGAAAGAACCAUGUUGCAGGGUACCAUGGAUAAUGACACUAACCUCAAUGGUGUCUUGAGACACGCUUGGUCACCAAGCUCUGUUACAAAGGUGGUCGCACAACUUACCAAUAUGCCUGGUCACUCUAUGAUCCAAAUUGAACAAGAAGUCAAUGGAUCAGAUUAUUCCAUGAACUUCAAGACCAUGAACCCCAAUCCUUUAGAAUUGACAGGUCUUUACAUGGCUUCUUACCUUCAAUCUGUCACCCAGCAAUUGGUUGUUGGCUCUGAAAUUGUCUUGCAACGCCCUACUCCUGAUAUGGAAGAAACCGCCAUGUCUCUUGUUGGUAAAUACACUGGCAAGGAUUACAUUGCUACUGCACAAUUCCAAGGUGUUGGCGCGAUACAAGCUAGUUACUAUCAACGCAUUAAUGAAAAGGUUGACUUUGGCGUCGAACUUAAUUUGAUGGUUCAAGGUGGUCGUAGAGAAGCUGUUGCCACUGUUGGUGGUAAAUUUGACUUUAGACAAGCUACUUUCAGAGGUCAAAUUGAUACUACUGGCAGAGUCUCUGCUGUUUUAGAAGAAAAGAUGGCACCAGGUUUCUCUUUCCUUAUCAGUGGUGACUUGGAUCACAUGAAGGGUCAGAGCAAGUUUGGUGUUGGUAUUAUGUUGUCUGCUUAGAUUUAAUUCUCCUAUGUUUUCUUUCUAAUUGCUUGGUUGAUGUGUUUUUUAUAUAUUCACCUUUCUCCAUCUAACUAAGCAUGUUUUUGUACAAAAAAAAUAAAUAAAAUAUUUUCUUUUUUUU